AUGGCGAGCAACUUCCAUGGUUGUUACUGCAGCCUGCGCAGUGCACGACCGAUUAUUCGUCGCCAUCUGUCGCAUCCGUAUGCUAUUGGAAGCCGGUCCUUGAUUUCCAUUGCGCUUCCAUUACCCCUGUCGAGAUUACCACCUGCGGAUCUGAGAUGGCGCGCGAGGUGUUUCCAGACAAGCAGAUUUGCUCUCCGUUCGCACCGGGAUGCACCCUCCGAGCCACCACCGACCGACUUCAACAACUUGAAUAUGCUAGGUGACAUUCCCGUGCCGUCAACAUCUGUGGAUGUUUGCAUGUACGACGGCUUUGGUCUCAACAGUGGGAUUACAAUCAGAGGUGGUGAUGGGGCGCUUCUUGUUGACGGGGAAGCUUUUGCUUGGAGGCCAUGGGAGGCCGUGGGCUCACUUAACCUGCUGAAUGAUAAUGGUCAAUUUGAGCUUCCUCAAGAGGCUUUUGGACUUUUUGAUCUGCUUUGGCCUCGACCAGAUUUACUAGUACUUGGCGUUGGCAAACAGAACCUCCCUCUCAGUAAUAAGACUAGGAAGCACAUUGCCGAACUGGGUAUGAGAGUCGAAGUCUUGGAUACUCGGAACGCUGCUGCGCAAUUUAAUCUACUUGCCACUGAGCGUGGUGUUUCCGAGGUCGCUGCAGCUCUGAUACCUCUCGGCUGGAAGGAGGGAAUCGGAGUUUCUGAGUAG